UCUUCUGUACCUUUUCCUAACGUUCUCUCUCAGUUACAUCACCACGUGUUUUGUCGGACAGUAAGCCGGGAUCUCUGCGUAUUCGAACGUUAAAUUUUCAUCGACAAAAUGCUACAAGCCGCAAGAUUGUGUACCCGUCCUCUUAAGGAUUGUACAGUUCUCGCAUCCGAUGUAUUUCAAAGGCGUGGAAUUACACAUUUUUGUCAAAAGAACAAUUCACGUUCCCUGUGGGAGUUGCAGAGAAGGUUUAAAUCAGAUGGAGUUAAAGGCCCUGUAAUUGGAAUAGAUUUGGGAACAACAAAUUCUUGUGUUGCAAUAAUGGAAGGCAAGACUCCUAAAGUGAUUGAAAAUGCUGAAGGCUCAAGAACCACACCAUCUGUCAUUGCUUUCACAAAAGAUGGUGAACGCCUAGCUGGAAUGCCUGCAAAGAGACAAGCUGUUACCAAUGCUCAAAACACUCUAUAUGCCACUAAACGUCUGAUUGGUCGUAAAUUUGAAGAUCCUGAAGUGAAGAAAGACAUGAAAACUGUUUCGUACAAAAUUGUCCGUGCUUCCAACGGCGACGCGUGGGUAGAGGCUCAAGGAAAACUAUACUCCCCUUCCCAAAUCGGAGCCUUCGUCCUUACAAAGAUGAAAGAAACCGCAGAAGCUUACUUAGGUACACCCGUCAAGAAUGCAGUCGUUACCGUUCCAGCCUAUUUCAAUGAUUCCCAACGACAGGCAACAAAAGAUGCUGGGCAAAUCUCUGGCCUCAACGUUUUGCGUGUCAUCAACGAGCCAACUGCUGCUGCUUUAGCUUAUGGCAUGGACAAGUCAGAAGAUAAAAUCAUUGCCGUGUAUGACUUGGGUGGAGGAACUUUCGAUAUUUCCAUUUUGGAAAUUCAGAAAGGUGUGUUUGAAGUAAAGUCAACAAAUGGAGACACUUUCUUGGGUGGAGAAGACUUCGACAAUGCACUUGUGAAUUUCCUUGUUAGCGAGUUCAAGCGUGAUCAGGGACUCGAUAUCACCAAAGAUCCCAUGGCAAUGCAACGAGUAAAAGAGGCAGCCGAAAAAGCCAAAAUUGAGUUGUCAUCGUCCUCGCAAACCGAUAUCAAUUUGCCGUACCUAACUAUGGACGCAUCCGGACCUAAGCAUAUGAACCUGAAGAUGUCGCGUUCCAAACUGGAGAGCUUGGUUGGGGACUUGAUCAAACGUACCGUCGGCCCAUGUCAGAAAGCGUUGAAAGACGCUGAAGUCAGCAAAAACGAAAUUGGUGAUGUUCUUCUUGUCGGAGGCAUGUCUCGUAUGCCAAAAGUUCAAGAAACCGUCAAAGAUAUCUUCGGCCGUGUUCCGAGCAAAGCAGUCAACCCAGACGAAGCCGUCGCUGUUGGCGCAGCAAUCCAAGGCGGAGUACUUGCUGGUGGCGUUACCGACAUCCUUCUCCUUGACGUUACCCCAUUGAGUUUAGGCAUUGAGACGUUGGGAGGAGUUUUCACGAAACUUAUUCAACGUAACACGACCAUUCCCACAAAAAAAUCUCAAGUUUUUAGCACAGCUGCCGACGGACAGACUCAAGUGGAAAUCAAGGUUCAUCAAGGUGAACGUGAGAUGGCAGCGGACAACAAGAUUCUCGGACAGUUUUCUCUCAUUGGAAUCCCUCCCGCUCCUCGUGGUGUCCCUCAAAUCGAAGUCACAUUCGAUAUUGACGCGAACGGUAUCGUCCACGUUUCAGCGCGUGACAAAGGUACCGGCAAAGAGCAGCAAAUUGUUAUUCAAUCAAGCGGCGGUUUGUCGAAAGAUGAAAUCGAAAAUAUGGUACGCAACGCCGAACAAUUCGCCAAGGAAGAUCAGAUCAAACGCGAUCGCGUCGAAGCUGUGAAUCAUGCCGAAGGUAUCGUUCACGACACAGAGUCCAAGAUGGAAGAAUUUAAAGAACAACUCCCGGCAGAAGAAUGCUCGAAGCUCCGCGAGCAAAUUUCGGCAGUUAGAGAUAUGUUGGUAAACAAAGAUUCAAAAACACCUGAAGAGAUCAAGAAGACGACAAAUGACCUCCAACAAGCAUCUUUAAAACUUUUCGAGAUGGCAUACAAGAAAAUGGCUGCAGAUCGCGAAAGCAGCGGUGGAAGUAGCAACAGUGGUGACAGCACAGGGAGUAGCGACAAGAAAGAAGAAAAACAAUAGGGUUGUAUGUUUACAAAAUAAUUGAACUUGCGUGUUACAAUAAACAGUUAAACUUG